AUGUACGUCGGCACCCUCACAGAGGACGCCAGCGUGUCCGCGGCGAGUAACGCUCGCGCGAAGAAGAGCCACGCGGUGCCUACGGUUCCUGCCUGGCCACAACGGGGAGCUGCGGUCUUUAUAAAGAUUAAUAUCAAUUGGGCGGACAACGACCUCACAUUCCCUUUCGUGGAUGUCAAGGGAUCGACCUUCCAGUCGUCUAUCAGAUACGACAUGACCGAGAACAUGACAAUCGACCACGCCAAGGGGCACCUGACCACCCAGUGGGAUAUGGCAGAGCUCAGCCGUCUCGCAAAGGCCAACACAUCCCUGAUGGUCUAUCGGUGCCGGAAUGCCCUUCUGAAGGAUCUCCGCAGUGCCGGCCAGCCAGGAGUGGCAACCGACGAGUAUCAUCCUGAUCUAUCGGAAUUGGCACACAUUGAACUAUGCAGAGACGUCUGGAGAGCGUAA